GCCAAAAAGCUUAGUUCGAUCAUCAACUUCCAUUAGGUAAAAUCCUCUAGAACUUCUCGCUAUUUUGAAGCAGUCAACAAUGGAGUUUUUAGCUUUACCUUUCUUCCACUCUGUAACUCUUUAUUGACAUUCUGAAACUAAGUAAGCAUCUCUGUUUAUCAUCUUCCCUUUCGCUAUCUUCAACUCUUUUUGUUCUCUUUUUCCUUACCUCUGUCUUUUUCUAUAUUUAAAACUCUCUUCUUUUUUACGCAUGUGAAACUUAGACUCUAAGCAUAUCUUCACUAAAGCUCUCUUCUUUAUUCUCUAUACCCUACCCCCCUUUUUUUUUUUUCUGAGUUAUUACUGGUUAGAUCUAGGGCAGUUUAGAGUAAAGUUCGUUUUUUUCUCCCUCUUUUGUCGGAUUUGUUUAAUUUCGUAUGUUACAUUCUUAAUCCGCUCUAAAUACUUCUCCGUUUCAGCUUUUAAGAUAGCGAUUUGGGCAAGUUUCCAUUUUAAUUGCAAACCUAUUAUAUUGGAUUUAUACAUACAGUUAGAAAGGUUUCAGCUUUAAAUACUUUACUGCUCUCUGUUAUCCUCUUUUAACUCGAAAGAUUACUAGGGUUUUUUGCUCUGAUUUUGAGCAUUUCUGGUUUGAUUCUAGGUGAUUGUUCAGCUUAAAUUUUGGUAGUCAGAAUGAGAAAACUAUAUAGGAAAUUAGGGUUUAUUAAAUACCCAUUUACAAGUAUGAGGAAGAAUGUAAAUGUUCACUCAGGAAGGGUGUUUAGUGAUAGAAAAUGGAUAAUCCCAUUUUAUACAAGCUUACUCGUGUCCAUUAUUCUGUUAAUGUCAGCCAUUUUUGGUUUGUUUACUGCUCCUUAUGGUGGAGAUCAGUUGCCAUUUGAUAUAAUUUCAUUUGCCCGGUCAGAGGACUCAAGGGGGUAUUUUGUGGAAUCCGAUAUAAAUCAGUCCUUCAACUUGAGUGAGUUGUUAAAAGUAGGAGCACCUAGACUAGCAUAUUUGAUUUCAGGGACGAAGGGUGAUAGUCAAAGAAUGAUGAGGACUUUGCUGGCCGUGUAUCAUCCUAGAAAUCAGUACAUUCUGCAUUUGGAUCUCGAGGCUCCGCCUCGUGAAAGACUGGAAUUGGCAAUGUCUGUGAAGAAUGAACCUAUUUUCCGAGAAGUGGAAAAUGUUCGAGUAAUGGCACAGUCUAAUUUGGUGACUUAUAAGGGUCCUACUAUGAUUGCUUGUACACUUCAAGCGAUUGCAAUUUUGUUGAAGGAGAGCUUGGAUUGGGACUGGUUUUUAAACCUCAGUGCAUCGGAUUACCCUCUAGUGACACAAGAUGAUUUUUUAUAUGCAUUGUCAAAUGUGUCGAGAAAUUUUAACUUCAUUGAACAUUCUCAGAUCACAGGGUGGAAACUAAACCAGAGGGCAAAACCAAUCAUUAUUGACCCUGGACUAUACUUAUCGAAGAAAUCUGACAUUGCUGUUACUACUCAGCGAAGAUCACUUCCGACAUCUUUCAAGUUGUUUACAGGUUCAGCAUGGAUAAUGCUGACACGAUCCUUUCUUGAGUAUUGUAUAUGGGGAUGGGAUAACCUCCCGCGUACUAUCCUAAUGUAUUAUGCGAACUUCAUUUCCUCUCCAGAAGGUUAUUUUCACACUGUUAUUUGCAACAAUGAGGUAUUCCGAAGCACUGCAGUGAGCCACGAUCUUCAUUACAUUGCUUGGGAUAAUCCUCCAAAGCAACACCCAAUCUCUUUGUCAAUGAAAGAUUUUGACAAGAUGGUGAAAAGCAAGGCUCCAUUUGCUCGGAAAUUCCGCAAGGAUGACCCAGUAUUGGACAAAAUUGAUAAAGAGCUUCUUGGCAGGACAGAUGGGUUUGCACCUGGAGCGUGGUGCAUUGGGAGCUCCGAAAACGGGGCGGAUCCCUGCUCCAUUCGCGGCGAUGAUUCAGUGUUUAGACCAGGUCCUGGCGCUGAGAGAUUGAGAGAUCUGUUUCAGACGCUGUUAUCCAAAGAUGUUCUGAAAAGGCAAUGUUCAUGAUGAAGUUAAAGAGUUGGGUAAUAUCGUCUACAAUUGUAUAUUGGUAUAUCCAUAGAUCAUUCACUUACUAUAAUGUUGCAGAAAAUCUGGUCUGGUGUAGAUAAUGGGGACCAAACAUUUAUAAACAUUGGAGAGAAGAUGGAUUUUAUUUUUCCUUUUCACAGGUCACAGAGAGAGAUGAUGUAUGAACAACAUUCGUUUCUUUUUAAGGUCUUAUCCAAUUCAAUGCAUACCUAUGGUGAAUUCCGCGUGUA